AUACACUGUGUUUUCCGAGAUCGUACCAGGCGUUAUUGAAUUUAUACCCUCGCAUACAAAAGUCGCCCAAUUCCUGCCCGACUGGAAACACAUCUUAACCUCCUACUACUACCAUCGCAUUCUCCACGCAUAAUUCUACCAGUAUGUCCGUGUAUCAAGCAACCGCUUCGGCACCAGUGAACAUCGCCUGUAUCAAGUACUGGGGAAAGCGAGACACAAAGUUGAUUCUGCCAACCAACUCGUCUCUUUCUGUAACUCUCGAUCAAGAUCAUUUACGGUCUACCACAACCUCUCGCGCGGACCCUUCAUUUGAGAAGGAUCGGUUAUGGUUGAACGGACAGGAAGAGGAAAUCAAGGAAGGCGGCCGCCUAGCAACUUGUAUCAAGGAGGUGAAGCGUCUGCGACGUGAGGUGGAGGAGAAGAAUCCCAAUGAACCAAAGCUUUCAACAUACGCAGUUCACAUUGCAUCCAAGAACAACUUCCCUACCGCAGCCGGUCUUGCAUCGUCAGCAUCCGGCUUUGCUGCCCUUGUAUCUUCCCUUGCCGCGCUCUACGCUCUCCCCGCAUCUCCCUCUCAGCUUUCACUGAUCGCUCGACAAGGCUCAGGCUCAGCAUGUCGAUCUCUCUUCGGAGGGUAUGUCGCAUGGGAGAUGGGCUCGUCACCUGAUGGUAGCGACUCCCUUGCGAUUGAAGUUGCACCACAAUCCCACUGGCCAGAUAUUCACGCACUCAUCUGUGUCGUGUCUGAUGACAAGAAGGGCACUAGCUCUACAUCGGGAAUGCAACGCACAGUCGAGACGUCUACUCUGCUGCAACAUCGUAUCAAACACGUCGUGCCUGAACGUAUGAAAGCCAUCAAAGAAGCCAUCCUCGUUCGUGAUUUCGACUCUUUCGCUCGUAUCACCAUGCAGGACUCCAACCAAUUCCACGCAGUCGCACUCGACACUGACCCACCAAUUUUCUACAUGAACGAUGUCUCCAGAUCUAUUAUCGCUCUCAUUGUCGAGUAUAACCGCGUCUCAAUUGAGAAUGGUGGAAAGAUCAAGGCUGCGUAUACUUACGACGCAGGACCAAACGCCGUCAUCUAUGCACCGAAGGAGAACUUGAAGGAGAUCAUUUCGUUAAUCGUCAAGUACUUCCCUCAAGCUGAGCCAUUCAAGGAUCCUUUCGGUCUUUUUGGCGCUCAAGGCGUUGGUUCUGGUGCUGUAGUGCCGGGCUUCAAUGAGGCUGUCGCAAAACCGUUCCCUGUGGGAGCCGUGAAAGGUUUAAUUCACAGCAAAGUCGGAGACGGUCCCAGAGUUCUUUCUCCUCAGGAAGCACUGCUUGGUGCUAACGGCUUGCCCAAGGAUUUGGCAUAGACUAUUUAACAAUCACUUAGAGAUUUCGGGAUUGGGAUGCUUCAUUGAUACAACAUAUUUACUUACAAGUGCAAAUGGAAACGAGCAGUAGUGAUACGUGUAAUACUAUUUAGACGAUGAUACCAAGUUCUAUUUCGCUUCUAGUCGC